AUUUCUAUCUUUGUGGAUGCAAAACUCUCACAUGAGAGAGAUGUAAAUCUACUGGUUCAACUUUGCUCAUAAUGGGAUCAUCGAAGCUCGCAGAUUUCUCUCUCUAGAACCCCACUUCCUCUCAAAAUGAAAGUGUCCCAUAUUUUUCUCUCUAAAGUCUAAACUUCCACUCUUUAGAGAGGGAGAUGAUAUACUUUUUGAUGAGUUCAAAAUCGUCAAAUUCAAAGCUCCUGACUUUUCUUCAAAUCAAAUGGCUGAGAUUUAUUUAGGAGUUACUUCUUUGAAGCGUCUCUUUUGCUUUGUUACGUUAGAGAGAGAGAGAGAGAUUUCUUACCAUGAAAGGUUUCUAAUUUUCCAUGAAUUUAACGUAACUUCUGAAUUUUUACUGUGCAGUGAAGUCAAGACUUUCAUCAAAUUCUGACCCACAUAAUUACUGAAGCUUAAAACAGAAACAAGAGAGAGAAUGGUUAUGAAUCGGAUGAGGGAAGGUUCUGAGAACUUUCAUGGCGGCAGAAAAGCAUGGCCAACGCCUCCUUGCAUCCAAAGGGACCACUGUCUCUCUCUCUGUCUCUCUCCUAUAUAUAUAUAUAUCUAUAUAUUCCAUCUCUUUCUCUCUGUCCCCUAUUUGUUAUACCAAUUAUUUGAGGUAAGUGGUCGAUAUUCUCUCUCUAUCCAUUUACUGCUUCUAUCUGUUGGGUGACAAGCUUAUGUAAUCUUCACUUCUUCAGUGAUAAUUACUGUAUUUUAGAAUUCAGAUUUCAAUUGAAAAUUUGUGGAAAGGUGUUUAUAAGAAUAGACAAUUCAUGGGGAGAUUCCUCACUUGGGUUUCAGAGUGUUCUGAAGAAUUGUUGUUUGUGAAUGUUGGAUGCAUUUUAGCUUCUGAAGAAAUAAGUUUUCUGAAUGGGGUUUUGAGUAUUUGGGGCCUUCUCUCUCUCUUGUCUUUUGAUUUUUCUGGAAUAUCAAGAAAUUGUUCACGAAAGGCUUUACUAUGUGGUUCAACUUGGUUGUCAAAUAAGAAACAACUUAUUGGGUUCUUAUGCAUCGAAGAAAGAGGGGAUUAAAUUAAUUAGCGUCGUGAACCGUUUCUUUCUGUUUGGUUUUGCCUAUUCCACUGAGAUUUUCAAAAAGUUCAAGUAAGUUGUUUACUGGUUGUGUAUUCUUUCGUUGUAUGAUACUUUGGGUAGAAUUUCUAACAGUGGAAGUAGGACGCGAUUUUGUUUCAUUUUCUGGUAAUUGAUGGGAGAUAGUUCGUUUCUCUCUCUUGGGUUUUACAGAUUAGAGAUUCCAUUAACAAAGGAUCAAAGUUGCUAUAACGUUGGGAUGAUGGAUUGGAGAAGGAAAACUCUUGCUUCUUGAUUUUCUCGGACCGCAGUAUUGUUCUGCUCGGGUUAAGCAGCUUGUUCGUAACGUUCAGACUUUGCCCACCGAAUAACAAGAACUACAAUAAUUAGAAGUGGAAGUGGAAGGAGAAAGAGGAAUCAUUGCUUCUGGAUUAGUGCUUCUCAUCUUGGUUUGAGCUUUUAUAUAUUUGAAUGGACUUUUAGAGUUGCAGUUUACAUGUGACUGUUCAUUAAGGCCCCAAGACAUUUGUUUGCUAUAUGAGUGCUCCUCUAGGAAUGGAGGUAUGGGGAUGGUAAUCUUUCUCUGAUGUUUGUUUCUAUAUCUUGGCUGCUCGAAUUUAGAACAAUCACAUGAAUUUUGAAAUGUGCAAGAUAAGAUACUUUUUGAAAUUCUCUAGAGGAAACUAUGGCUGGGCUUAGAGAUCCUUUUAUUCCUCCCAGUUAUUCGGUUCGUUCUAAGUCAGUAAACCAAUUAUUUGGUGGCGGGAGGCCAGUGCUUUCGGGAUUGGACUUCUCGGUAGUGAAGAAGAGAGGCCAAGGGAGCCGGUCAUGGAUACGUAUAGAUGUAGAUGGACAGUCUGAAGUUUUAGAGUUGGACAAGGCUUCAUUGAUGAGAAGAUGUAAUCUACCAGCUAGAGAUCUCCGUCUCUUGGAUCCAUUGUUUGUGUAUCCCACCACUAUAUUAGGGCGAGAAAAGGCGAUCAUUGUCAAUUUAGAACAAAUACGAUGCAUAAUAACAGCCGAUGAGGUUCUCUUGAUGAAUUCCCUGGACAGUUGUGUUCGUCAAUAUGAAUUAGAACUGCUCAGGCGUCUUGACAUGAAUAAAAAUUUGAGUGAUGACUUACCCUUUGAAUUUCGAGCAUUGGAGGUAGCUUUGGAGCUAGCAUGCGCCCUUCUGGAUGCUCAGGUGACGGAAUUAGAAAUCGAAAUUUACCCAGUGCUUGAUGAGCUUGCCUCAUCAAUCAGCACUCUGAAUCUAGAACGAGUCCGAAGAAUGAAAAGCCAUAUUUUAGCCUUGACUCGGAGGGUACAGAAGGUUCGCGAUGAAAUAGAGCAUCUUAUGGAUGAUGAUGGUGACAUGGCUGAGAUGUAUCUUACUGAGAAGAAAGAAAGAAACAAGGCUUAUGCUUCUAGUGAACUCUAUAUCUCAAACUUCGCUGGUUUUCCAAGAGCAUCAAUGUCUGCACCAGUAUCACCACUUUCUCAUAGUGGUUCAGGCAAGAUAGAGAAAGCUUUGAGUAGUGCUAUGAGUCGAAGUAGGAUUGAUGGGGAGCACGUGGAGGAGCUCGAAAUGUUACUCGAAGCAUAUUUCGUUGUGAUAGAUGGCACUCUCAACAAACUAUUGUCGCUCAAAGAGUAUAUCGAUGAUACUGAGAUUUUCAUUAACAUUAAACUGGAUAACAUUCGCAACCAGUUGAUCCAGUUUGAACUGUUGCUAACAACGGGCACAUUCGUCGUUACUAUUUUCGCAGCGGUGGCAGGGGUGUUCGGAAUGAAUAUUGUGAUUAGUUUAUUCCAUUAUGCACCUGCCUUUGUUUGGGUUAUGAUUAUAACCGCUAUCUUCGGUGGGUUGAUAUUCAUUUCUUUUUUGUGGUAUUACAAGCACAAGAAAUUGAUUCCCUAGUGAAAUGUGUUUAUGAUUAUAACCGGUAUCUUCGGUGGGUUGAUAUUCAUUUCUCUUUUGUGGUAUUACAAGCACAAGAAAUUGAUUCCCUUGUGAAUUGUGUUUAUGCUGAUCCCAAUUUAUGACUUCUAUCAUUAUAAUAAAGAAUCAUGUAUAUUAUAUUCA